UAUAUUUGUAUUCUUUGUUUUGAGUUUUGCAAAGGUUGGCUUUGGGGUAGAGAGAGUUUCACAGCCGAAAGAAGGAACGGAGAGCUAAAAAAUGGAUUCUUUCUCAUCAGGUUCAACUGGAGCAGGAUCGCCCCAAAUUUCAACAGAUGAAUUAAUGGACCAGAUGAAGGUUCAAUUUGCCCAGGCUUAUGCUCAGGAGUUUCUUGAGACUGUGAGGGGGAAGUGCUUUGACAAGUGUAUCACAAAGCCAGGAUCAAGUCUGAGUGGAAGCGAGAGUAGUUGCAUCUCUAGAUGUGUGGAUCGCUAUAUUGAGGCCACGGGUAUUGUUGGCAAAGCUCUUUUCAGUGCAUCACGCUGAAAUUUGAAACCGGAAAAUUGUUCUUGAAGAAUAAGUAAGCUUAUUCCAAAAUUUGGACAAAUCUAGAAUUCGAGGAUGAGUGAAUUUUGUACUUAAUUUUGCUAUCACAUUUCUGAAUUUAUCCUGGGGACAUUGUACUCCACAUAAAUUUUUGAAUUUGUAUUUGUCACUCAUGCCAACCUCUGACCUCUGGCAAUUUACAUGGUUACUACCCUAAGCUUAUUGUAUGUUCCUUAAGUUGUUCUUUUUGACCAUAAUGAUAUUUGAGCUGCCCCAGCAACGA